CGCUCCCCUCCUUAGCUGGCUCGCUCCUGCCCGCAGCCCCCUCCAGCGGCUGGUGCAGCCAGCGCCGCCCCCGGGCCCUGGCUGACUGCAGCUCCGCAGCAUCCUCCGGCUGUUCCCCGAGAGACUCCGCGCUGCGGAUGCUGCGGCUGUGCCGCCGGUUUCCCGGCUCAGAGCCAUGACGCCGCCCUGCGCGGGGCUGGCCGCUCCCGGCCUUUUGCAAAGCCUCCGCGCACCGUAGCCCGGGCCCGGCUUGCGGGGGGAGAGCCGCGGGCGCUCGCCCACUCCCUCGGCCUCGCUGCCGGUGCCUGGAGUCACUGGGGCUGCUGGCGGGAGGGGUUCCCCAGCCCGCCGCCCAGGCCUGUGCUCCAGUUUACCUUUAAUAGCCUUGAUGUGCUCCUGGGACGGUUUCUCUUGCUGACUGCCUGAUUUUCUCAUCUUUUGCAGCCUGUGGUCCACGGAUAUUAUUAAGUGAAAAAAAACAUUGAAAAUGUCUCAGGAUCCUGAUAUUCCACAUACAAGUGAAGAAAAAUCAAGUGAUUCAGAGGAUAUCCAAGAGGACAGCUUGAACAACCCAGAUCAAUCUAUGAGAGAAAGGAUACGACAAAGUACCUCAAGUCCACACAGAUGCAACAGAGCUCAAUCUAGUCCCCCUCGGCUUGUGUCGAUGAAAGAGCUGAUGGAAACAGCAAAAGGAGUUUCCAAUAUGGCGUUAGCACAUGAAAUUGUAGUCAAUGGAGGCUUCCAGAUUAAACCAGCUGAAUUACCAGAAGGCAGCCUGGAGAAAACUGUAAAGGAGAUUGUACAUAAAGCUUUUUGGGACUGUCUGGAAGCCCAGUUAAGCGAAGAUCCACCAACAUAUGAUCAGUCAAUUAAACUUGUGGGGGAGAUUAAAGAGACUCUUCUAUCUUUCUUAUUGCCUGGUCAUACUAGAUUAAGAAAUCAGAUUACUGAAGUUCUGGAUCUGGAGUUGAUAAAGCAGGAGGCAGUGAACGGGGCCCUGGAUAUUUCUAAGCUGGCAGAAUUCAUCAUCGGAAUGAUGGGGACCCUUUGUGCUCCAGUUAGAGAUGAGGAAAUUAAGAAACUGAAAGACAUUCAUGAAAUAGUCCCACUAUUCAGAGCAAUUUUCUAUGUAUUAGACUUAAUGAAAAUGGACAUGGCUAACUUUGCUGUCAGUAGCAUUAGGCCGCAUUUAAUGCAACAAUCUGUUGAAUACGAAAGAGAGAAGUUUCAGAAGAUUUUUGAGAAACAGCCAAAUUCUCUAGACUUUGUCACCGACUGGCUGCAAGAAGCAUCAGAUGAUCUUGCCAAUUUGAAGUGUAAAAAUCCACCUUCCCCUGGUGUUGGUGCUGCUGCUAGUGGAGUUCCUGUAUUGUGUCCUGCUGCUGUGCAGAAUUGGGCAUAUCUAAAGCUGCUUAAGUGGGAUCAUGUGCACAGGCCUUUCCCAGAAACAUUGUUAAUGGACCACACCCGCUUUCAGGAAAUGCAGCUGGAGCUGGAACAGCUCACCUUGACUGGUGCUAUCCUCCUGGUCAUGUUCAAUGUAGUAGGUGCAGCGCUUUCCAAUCUGCCAGGGUUUGCUGACAAAAUCAAAACCAUUAUAAAGGUGUUGUUGACAGGAAUGCACCUUCCAUCCUUUAACCUGAGUGAAUCUUUGGCUACUGUUGGUGAGAAGGUCUGUGCUGAAGUUAAUAGCUGUCUUUCCCAGCAUGGAUUCACGCCAUUCACAACUGAGAAAGAGAUUGCGCUUAAAGGACAGAUCCAGACAUUGGGAAACUCUGACAACACCAUAUGCAAGUUGAUAGAUUCUCGAAUCCAGACAUUUUUGGAGAGCUAUCUGACUUCUGGUCAUCAGAAAUCGUUUCCUGCUAUUCCUGGGGGAUUAGGCCCUAUUCAAAGAGAGAUGGAAGAAAUUGCUGUCAAGUAUGUUCGCCUUGUCAACUAUAACAAGAUGGUGUUCAGCCCGUACUAUGAUGUGAUCCUCAGCAAACUACUGAAUAAGGAAGAAUCCCAAUUGUUAGGGUAGUCAGAAGAAUCAUCAUACCAGUUUGUAUGCUAUCUAGAUAGUGUUAAUUUUGUCUGCUAAAAAAAAUUGCAAUUAACUUGGCUUUGGAAAAUGGCAUUCCAUUUAAACAUAGUUUUAUUACUGUAACUCAAUAGCACUGAUUCUGAAGGGGAAAAUUAUGUACAAGUUGGGAUAGGCGCUUUGAAUUAAAUGGUAAAUAGAUGCAAUUUUAGCAUAACAAAUUAUGUUUGUUAAUUUUAUGGCUGUAGUUUUUGCUACUGAGCAGAUGUUAGAUAAGACUAAACAAUUGUACAACCAGACUGCAUUUUUAAAUUGCGGAUUUUGUGGGAGGCUUUUUGUAGCAUUCUAACUCUCCAAUUUACCAUGAAGUUAGUGUAUGCAUUCAUCUAGCGAAGAUUAGCAAAGGUCUCUUCCAUACUGAGUGAUUUGGCCUUCUGAAAUCCUAUUUUAACAACUGAAGAAAUAAUUUAAAAUUUGAGAUGUAAGAAACUUGAAUAAUGGUGGUUAAGAGCAGGCCCAAACAUAGCACUUUAUUGUAAUAGAAUAAGGCUCCUAGUCUUUCUGCUAAUCACAUUUUUCUAUAGCAAUUUUUGCUCUCUAUCUGCAAAUAAGUUACCAAAAACAUGAUAUAAUUAUAUUUUGUAGUGAACUUUCUGGUUAUCAAAUAACUGUCUUCUACUAUGUACAGUGUUACAAGGGUGACCGUCUAUAAGAUUGCAGCUGUAUUUAUCUCUUUGUAAAACUUUCAGGUGGGCCAAGAGAAAAAUGUUUUGAUAAGAGUGGUAUUUCUUGCCUUUCUUUUGCUGGUAGUUGACUCCUUUUUAUGUGAAAUACUAAUUUAAAAAAGUAAACAUUUUAACAUUUUCAGAAGAUGGAUAAAGACUUAUGCAUUGAAUUUCAGGCUUGAGGAAAUUUCCUUUUUUUUUUUCUAAAACUGUGUGACUUAUCAGACAAUUGUAUAUGCUCAUAGUUUCAGAAAUAUCACUGAAAUUGAAACAUACCAAUAAUUUCUUAAUAUUUUAAACAGUGACUUUAAAAGGUAUAGUAGGAAAUGAACUAUUUAAAGUUCAUUUGAAGUCAUGGGAAAAUAUUAUUUAGUGUUUUAGAUGCUUUUUCACUUUUUACAGAUGUUCUUGAACUCAAAGUAUUUUAGAUUCUUGAGAAGAUAACUAGCAAGAUGUUCUCUAAAUGCACUCUGAAGGAUUUCUGAUCUUAAUUCAUAAAAUAUGGAAAUUUAAACUUUUCUUGGAAGUAAAUAUAAGGUUUAGGACAGUUAAAAGCAAAAUUGAAACUUUCUUCAACUGAUAGAGCCUAUCAGGUUUUGAGUAAGAAAUGGUUGCCAAAGUUCUUAGCAUCUCAGGUAAUAUAAGGUGAAGUGAGCUCAUGUUAAUAAAUGAUAGGCUGGUACCUUGUCCGAAGAGUUCUGGGGCGGGGGGAUGCUAUGACAAAAAUAGAAUAUUUAUUGUAUUCUAAAAUGAAGAAUUUAAAAGAGGGCCUCUAUUUUGACACUAUUGAUUAAUAAAAUAAUAGACUAGUUGACUAGUCAGUCACAUUCAACAGAACAGGGGUAAGAAGGGAGGUACCCUGGAGUACUUAUUCUAAUACUUACACUUCCCUUUGCAUUUUGAAAUUUCAUUAGUUCCUAGGGCUAGAACUGAGAUCGGAUGUACGGCUCUAACAGUUUUCUGCUCUAUGGGGAAGAUGGAAUAAAAUAACAAUAGCUUUACUUGCUUGAUGUAUCACCACAUUAGCGAAUUAAAUUAAUCUCAAACUUUGGUUGCACAAUGUGAAACAAAGCUUACCUCAUUUUUAUGAUUACAAAACUAACGACAAUAUUAGGAAACCAUUUUCUUUGUUGGAUGGUUCUUUUGGCUGAACUGCUGAAAAUAUAUAUUUGAACAUUCUUUAGUAAAUUGAAAAUAAGUAGCUUAAGCUCAAAAGUUUAUCUAGCACUAUUUUUUUUGUACUGUCCAUGUUCUAUUCUACUCUUGGUCUCACUGGUGCACCUCAAUCCCUUUGUUCUCUGCCUGUGGCACAUAAUAGUCUAGUCUUCUAUGGGUUGUAAUACUUUGGCCUAAUUUCAGUUGUUGGGUUUAGUGUGCAGGUGCUGGGUGGUACUGGUGGCCUGUGAUACACAAGAGUUCAGACUAGAUGACUCUGACCUUUAAACGCUAUACUUUUCAUAGAUAGAAGUUACUGAGGGCUAUUGGAGAAAUACAUUUCUUGCUCUUGUCCUCAAGCAUUGGUGGUACAUUUCUCCAUACCUUUGUGUAGCGUCAGUGUGAUCUUAACUCUCUUGUGUAUUUGCAGUGGAUGCUUCAAACCUAUUACAACAGAUGGUGCUCUUGAAUUGCAAUGGCCCAAAUGCUGCUGCAGCUCCAAAGCUAUGUUUUGGUUUUCACCUCAACAAUUCCUGAGAGAGAUGAAGGUUAGAAAACAGAAAACAAACUACUCUGCUUGUGAUAUUCUUGUUUAUGAGAUCUAAGUGUACCGGUUCUAAAUUGCUGGGGAAAAGGACAUAAUGCGCAAAGUGAUCAGUACAUCUUUCUAGUACCACUACAUCCAUUUUUGUUAUGAUGCGAGGGCAGUGGUAUGGGAUAGAGACACAGCUGAACUGGGUUUUUUUUGUUUUUUUUAAUGGAAUUUAUCAUUUUCACACUCCUCUGUACAUUCUGGUUCUCAGGCCAUUGGCACAGUUCCUAGUGUAAUUUCUAGCCCAGUUUUGUAGAUUCAAGUUGUUAAGUGAAAGCUCCCAAACUUCUGACUAUUGUACCUUGAAACCUUUUGAGUGAUUAUUUCAAGGUAGAAACAAGACCAAGACUGAUGCCAAAAUGAGAAGUAGGAGUCAUGAGCUGAUAGCCUUAAUCCUCAAUUUCACAUCCUAACAUUUUCAAACCUGGGUCGUGUGCUCAGCCCUCCUGAAAAUAAAGCUACUUAAAUCAGAUGUUUAAAUAUGGAGUUAACCACCCAGGUCUGAAAAUCUUUGGAGUAGGUGUCUAAGUGAGGAAUAAGCACACCAGUAGCAGAUGAGUGGUGACUGACACAACUCGCUCUCAGCCCGAUAUGGCUUUUGUGGGUGAGCUUUCUUAUUUAUGUUGUGCUAUAGAAGUGUUUGGGAAAUCCUGCACAGAGUUCCAGGCUUAGACUUUAGUACCUCCAGUGGUUCCCCUAUCAGCUUUGUUUAAAAAUACACUGAAUCUGUUUUGGUUUUCUUACUACAUUUAUCACUGAUCGCUUACAAACCAACCUACAAGCUUAAUGCUAAACUGAGCAUACUGAAACAGCAGCGACUGCAUAUGCUUAGCAUCCAUUGAGUAAAUGCUGUGAUAAGUACAGUGUCAGGAUGGGUGAUUCACUGUAUGGAUAAGCAAUGGUCAAAUACUGAAUUGUCAGAUAAAUGUAUACUUGCUUAAUGUAGGAGAUCAUUAGACAAAGCUGCAAAGUCCAGAUGUCCAUGAGUGCCAGCUCCUGCUUACUGUUCUCAACACACACCUGUGCAUGUUGCUCAUGUGGUCAGUACAGCAAGUCCUGUCUUUCUUAAUAUUGUGUUUUGUUCCUAAAGCUUUAUUAACUUUACAUUUAAAAAAAAAUCUGGGUAGCAGGCACAUUGGUCGAGUGUGGGGUGCUGUACUAACUGAGAACCAACGACUCCAUGUUUGGACUUUGUCAGUCUUGCAGAUAGUGUAAGUUGCUGCUGUGUUGUAAUGUUUACUCUCAGGCCAGCAACUGGAACCUGAUUCAACUUCUGUGUGUUGCUUCACGCAGCCACAUUUGCUCCUUAGUCUAGAGUUCUGUGCCAAACAGAUGAGGGCCUACCUCUGUAAAUAUCCCCCUCUACCUUGUUUCCCAUCAAAUGAAAGUAUGGUCCUGCAGGUUACUAAGCAAUUCCUAUUGCAAAUCCAAUUUACACAACGUGAAGAAUAUACUUUACUGGCUGAAUAUGUCCACCUCUUCAAAUCUCACUAGCACCACUAAACUACAGCUCUCCACAUGAGUGGUCUGAAUUUGUUUGUCUUAUGUAGUAAGAGCCUGUAUAAUCUGGAGAAAAAAUAAUGCUCUAAUUAUUAAAGUGCAAUCUAAGAGAUGUACAAUUACACAGAAGCUGCUUCUAGAAGUACCAUUAACUUAUUUGAAAAUGACUGCAGUGGUUUAAAAAAAAAUCUUAAUAUAUUUAAUAGCUUGUUUUUGCCUGUAAACUAAAGACAGUAAUGAUGGAUAAAAUUAAUGCAGGACUAACAGUACUUCUGGAAAUUUCAAUAUACAAAGUGUGCAUCUGAUAACUUAUCUUGCUGUGUUGUCAGUUCUUUUCAUUUUAAAUUGCUUUGGAAUGAGGAAAUGCAUUAUCUUCCAAUAUUUUGGGGAGGGGACAGGGGUAGAACUCUGAAACCAUCAUGAGGAAUUACCUCCCAACAAAUUUAUCUCUUUUGAGGCUGCUUUGUUUGGUUGAUGUAAGAGUGUAUACAUAAAAUCUGAAUGAGACAUGAA